GUUGCGUCUCGGGGGCCGAGGGAGGAGGCGCGGGCUGCGGCAUCUGGUGGCGCAGCUUAACCCCGCGUGGGCGCCGACGCUGAGGAGGAGGCGGUAACCGCAGCGAAGGCUCGAGGCCCAGGCAGGCGCAUCCGGAGGCACCGGGCUUCCCUGGCAGCCCAGACUGAGGCUCCCUUCUCCCCCUUGCAGCUUUUCCUCACAGCCGCUUUCGGUGGGGUCGGGACCCCCCAGGCUCUGCGGCCCCGAGAUGACUCGCGAUUUCAAACCCGGAGAUCUGAUCUUCGCCAAGAUGAAAGGUUACCCCCAUUGGCCAGCCCGAGUAGACGAAGUUCCUGAUGGAGCUGUAAAGCCACCUACAAAUAAACUGCCUAUUUUCUUUUUUGGAACUCAUGAGACUGCUUUUUUGGGACCAAAGGAUAUAUUUCCUUACUCAGAAAAUAAAGAUAAAUAUGGCAAACCUAAUAAAAGAAAAGGCUUUAAUGAAGGAUUGUGGGAAAUAGACAAUAACCCCAAAGUGAAGUUUUCUAGUCAACAGGCAUCUGCAAAACAGUCAAAUGCAUCUUCUGAUGUUGAGAUUGAAGAAAAAGAAAUUAGUGCUUCAAAAGAAGAUACAGAUCAUGAAGAAAAAACCAGCAAUGAAGAUGUGACUAAAACAAUGGAUAUAACCACUCCUAAGGCUGCUAGAAGAGGAAGAAAGAGAAAGGCAGAAAAGCAAGUAGAAACUGAGGAAGUAGGAAUAGUGACAGCAGCAGCAACAGCAACAUCCGUCUCUCCAAAAGUGAGUCCUAAAAGAGGAAGACCAUCAGCUACAGAAGUAAAAGUUCCAAAACCCAGAGGGAGACCCAAAAUGGUGAAACCGCCUUGUCCUUCAGACAAUGACAAUGUUACUGAAGAAGAUAAAAGUAAAAAAAAAGGUCAGGAUGAAAAACAACCCAAAAAGCAGUUAAAAAAGGAUGAAGAGGUCCAGAAGGAGGAAGAUAAGCCAAGGAAAGAGCCAGACAAAAAAGAAGGGAAGAAGGAAGUAGAGCCAAAAAGGAAAACUACAGCAAAAGCAGGCUUUGCUGCUUCAACCUCUGAUUCUGAAGAGGAGGGUGAAGAUCAAGAAGGUGAAAAAAAGAGAAAAGGAGGAAGAAAUUUUCAGGCUGCUCAUAGAAGAAAUAUAUUAAAAGGCCAACAUGAGAAAGAAGCAGCAGACAGAAAACGCAAGCAAGAAGAGCAAAUGGAAGCUGAACCGCAGAAUAAAGAUGAAAGCAAGAAGCCAGAAGUUAAGAAAGUGGAGAAGAAGCGAGAAACAUCAAUGGACUCUCGACUUCAAAGGAUACACGCAGAAAUUAAAAAUUCCCUCAAAAUUGAUAAUCUUGACGUAAACAGAUGUAUUGAGGCCUUGGAUGAGCUUGCAUCACUUCAAGUUACCAUGCAGCAAGCACAGAAACACACAGAGAUGAUUACAACAUUAAAGAAAAUAAGACGCUUUAAAGUUAGUCAGGUAAUCAUGGAAAAGUCUACAAUGCUAUACAACAAGUUUAAGAACAUGUUUUUAGUUGGUGAAGGAGAUUCUGUUAUUACACAAGUGCUGAAUAAAUCACUUGCUGAACAAAGACAACAUGAGGAAGCCAAUAAAACGAAAGAACAGGGAAAGAAAGGUCCAAAUAAAAAGCUAGAAAAGGAACAAACAGGUUCCAAGACGUUGAAUGGUGGAUCAGAUGCUCAAGACAAUAACCAACCACAACACAAUGGAGAAAGCAAUGAGGAAAGUAAAGAUAGGCAUGAAGCCAGCAUGAAGAAAAAAACAUCCAAUGAAGAGAGGGAGCCUGAAAAAAUUUCAAAGGAUUCAACGGUAGAAAACUGAUUUUGAAGAGAGGAUUGUCACAAAUUUUCAUUUAAAAAUCUGACUGCUGAAAGUUUUAAAUAAUUUUUAUAAGCAUAGGUUUUGAUGUUUAAAAACUUGUUUGAAGGGGAAACAUUCCCUUUAUAUAUCUUUGUUUUAAAAGUAAACAUUCUUGCUGAUUGUAUUUGUGCAGUAUUAACCGCUAUAUACACAGUAAAAGUGUGUCUUCGGGAAGAAAGAUUCAUUUAGGAAAUGUUUAACUGCUUUUUAUUUUUUAAGAGUUAUAGUUGUAGUAUAUUUUUUGAUUAUUGUAUGUUAAUGUGUAGUUUGUGGUGGUCAAGAGUUAUUUUUUAACUGCCACCUGUACAAACCCUUCCCGUGUUCCCAGAUAAGUGGUAUUUUUUUGUGCAUAGUUUUUACAAAUCUUGUAUUUACUGGAUUGUCUUUUCACUGUUUGUGGUUUUUGUAGAGGUUGUUAAAGCAUUUUUAUAGCAGCUAAAAUGUUUCUUCUGUAUAAGAAUACUCAUUCACUCCCUUUUAUAGAAGGUAGUAUUAAUCUUGCAAACUCCAUUUGCCAGGUCCUGCUUUUGAAACAAUCUAAAAUUGUGAUGCCUUUUUUUUUUUUUUUUUUAAAGCAGUUGGGUAACCCAGAUGGCAAUUUGGGAAGUAGUAACUUUUUUUUAACAGGCAAAAUCACGUGUGGGUUUUCUUUUUCUUUUUUUUUGUAGUAGUAGUGGUAGUUGGGCAUAGCUUUAUGAAUGAAGCUGAAUAAAUAAGGGUUAUUAAUUACCCUGUAAGAAAGCAGCAAUUUAGAAAGUUAAUGGUAACUGGAAAACAGUCAAAUCUAUGGAAUUCUUGUCAGUAAAUUAACCUUAACAUAAAGUGGAAAGAGUAGAAGCACUUAAAUCAGUACUAAUUAUCUGGUGGGUGAGGGAGUGCUACCUUCAUGAAACAAAAGGUUACUCUGAUAGAAAGUAUUCCAGAUUUAACUAAAUGAUACCAAUUUUGAAAACUAUUUGACUUUAUAAACUCAGUGGACAGUUAAUAUGUAAAUAUGCCCCCUAAAAUAAGAAAUUUAAAGGCACUUCAUAUUGUAUAAGUGUGAAAGGAGAAAUUACUGGCAAACUGAAGCAGAAUAUUAUUAGUUCACUAGGUAAACAGCAAUACUUUCAGAUACUGUGUGUUGUUAGGUUGUACACUUUUGACUACGUAUAUUUCAGGAUUUCUCAAAUUACUUUAGAAAGCAUGUCAGAUUUUUUUGUAGACAUUUACACAUUUUGGAGCUUGAAUAAACUGGUUAACUUGUAUAGAUUUAUAAGAUAUAUGAAGUACUUUGAAGAGGCAAAAAGGUACAAAUGAGAGUGUCACCUAUUAUGUUGCUUUGUCAGAAUACUGCUAUAUAUGCCAGUAAUAAUAGUUUUUGCUCCUAAUUUAAUUUUUUAAAAUCAGAUUUAUUGUGUAGUUAACCCAAAGUGUCAAUGUAAACUUAAAACCAGUUUUGAUUAAAGAUUUUUGUCAAUCUCAACCUA